GCAAAAUCUUAAUGUUCAACGGAGCACAGGAAAGAAAUCUCUGAUUGUCUCUCCUCUCUGUAGAUAUCAACUGCAAAUUAUCAGGUUAAUCAUAAAUUGACCAAAUGCUUUUCUCUUCAUGGACCCAUCCCCCAAGUGAAAUUCCUUUGCGUUGAAACAUUUCUUGGGCACUGUUGCUAAAUAAUUAUAAGCAGGAUGGAUCGUGUUAUGCAAGUCCAGGCUAGUACCACUGUAGAAUACACUUCCCAAUGUACCUAGUACUGGCCUUUCAAAAUGAAGCCUCUAGUUUUCUGUCUGUGUAAUGUAUUCAGCUGCUCAUGUAUGUGGGAGCCUCUAAGCAGUGCAGCUGUCUAAGAAUGCACUAGCUAGUUUGCUUCCAUGGUAUGGCAUAUCUUGGCUUGGGAAAACUUGAAACAUUGGUUUAGCUUGCAUCUGAAGAGCAGUGUUUGAUUCAGCCAUAGCGCAUUGCAGUUACCACCAAGAUUGUCAGUGUGGCUUCCUGAAAACAUUUAUUUUUGGUGCCAAGCAACUUCUCAAGGAUUAUUGGAUAAGGGUCUCAGGAGAACUCAGAGAAGAACUUCCACCUUGCUCCAGUUGAAGAUCAUUCAGAUCUUGAUGUUUUUUAUUUAUUUACUUACUUAUCUCUUUAUUGGUAAGAAGGAGAUAUUGAAUUGAUUCUGGUUCUGCCAAUGUCACAAUUUAAUUAGGUUUGGUCUACUGGGAAAAGGCCAUGAAAAACCAUCGCAGUUUCAAGAAAGAGGGAGAAAAAGUUGAAAUGUCAGUGAUGGAAAAGCAAAAGCAGAAUUCUUCCUGGUGUGCGUACAAGCAAGAAGUACCAGCAAGUAUAACAUGCUUUGAUCAGAGUAAAAGCCCCCAUCCGGAAGAAGAGCUGGAGCUGGGUCACUUGCAGCUCUUGGAAGCAUUGUUUACUAAUCACACCUCUCCCAAAGGGGAAGACCAAGGCAGGGAAGCAGAGAAUAAAGACCAGUGGGUGAGACCCUGCAGAAAACAGAAAGUGGAGCCACCAGGAAGUCUGACUCUACAAGAGUUUCAUAGAGCCCUGUCGGAGCUGACCAGUUCUGAGAUCUGGAACAACCAAUCGGAGCUGCUUUUCAACAAGGUUGACACCAGCUGUGAUGGCCUUAUUGACUGGAACAAGUUCUGCACAUACCUGCUGCUCUAUUACAAAGAAAGGGACUACAUGAAAGCCAAGAAGGAGAUCUUCCUUGGCAGGGAGCCCCUCAUCCGACACUGUGUGCAGAACAAGCUGGCACCAACUACCAGGUUAUUGGCCAUCUCUUCUCUACCACCACUCUGGUUUGUAAGUGUCAGCAAAGGAGGAGUUGUUACUACCUGGGACAGCGCUCUACAUAGUCAGAAAACAUAUGAGAUUGCAACAGAUUCCAAAGGCUCUCAAGCAGAAAAAAGAAGGUUGAAAUUCUGGACCACAGAUGCUGCGUACAUGGCAAAUGUCCACAAAUUUGCAGUAGCCACCACCUGCAGGGAUAUUCACUUUUUUGACGUGUCCACAGCAAACCUUUUUGAAGAGUUUCAUUUAUUUGCUCUGAAAAAUGUUCCAACUUCAUUGUACUACUGGUAUAAUGCAAAGUCCUUAGGGAGUCGCUCCUUGCUGCUCUGGGGAGAUGACCACGGUGACGUUCACCUGCUCUGGCUGCUGCACCCUCAUUCAGGCAUCUUUGAAAAGCCCUUCUCGGAUCAGUCAGGGCCGCACAGAGUCUUCCUGCAGGAAAUUAAAGAGCACAGUAAACUCCUGCAAUAUCAAACCAUCCCAGAGGUGCACGAGGAAGCUGUUUCCCAAAUCCAGUAUGUAGCAGAGGGAGAACUCAUCAUCACAUCCUCAGGCAGUCCCAAGACCUCGGUGGUGAUCAUGGAUAUUCUCAGAAAGAGAAAAGUUUACACCUGGAAAAUCAAGAAGGGUGUAAAAUGCUUCGACUACUGCAAAUCCCUGAAUCUGCUAGUUACCGGAGGGGUGGAUCAUGCUGUGCAACUCUGGAACCAAUAUGUCACAAGCUGGCCAAUUGCUACCUUUCAGGGACAUUAUACUACAAUUCUGGCAGUUGCCAUCCAUGAGCCCCGAGGACACGUAUUCAGCUAUUCCAAGGACUCGGUCCUGAAAGUCUGGGAUAUUUUCUCACAGGCUUGUCUGCAAACACUGGUGCUCAAGUUCCCAUGUGUCCAGCCAGAACAAACGCUAGAGCAGGGGGAUUUUCCCUUCUUGCUCAUCCAGCAGUCUCCCCACGUCCUCUUAGUCUCCUGUGCUGAUUAUAUUGGAUUGUUGAAGCUAGCGCAUGACAGUCCUGAGGAAGAAAUGCUGGCUACCCAUGAUGCACCAUUAUGUGGUGCUCUGUAUAACACCUUCUUCCACCAGGUGGUGACAGGAGGUGAUGAUGCCACUGUUGCUGUGUGGGAUGUGGAGACGGGGGCCAAAUGCCUCCUCAUAAACAAUGCCCAUGGGAAGGAAGAGAUUACAUGCAUGGCCCUUGACAACUCCCAGCAGAGGCUCAUUACAGCAGCAAGGAAUGGGACCAUAAAGGUCUGGCAUAUUCAGACUGGCCACAACUUGCACCAACUGGAGGUAGUGGAAGAAGCUGAAGUCAUGGGACUUGUAGCUUUGCGGGAUCAAACAUUGCUCACAGUGGGAUGGAAUCAGAAAAUCGUACUUUAUGAUUUCUGUGAACCAGGGGCGCUAUAUGUUACUGCACAUCCUUCUUGGAAGGGUGGGAAGCUGCACAAAGAGGACAUCCUGACUGUAGACUAUUGUCCUUCUCUUGGGCUUCUUGCUUCAGCCAGCUUCGAUGGAGAAAUUAUCGUGUGGGAUGUGGAAUCCCAGAGUGUGUAUCUCUACCUCAGACAGACUCAGCCCGAAAGGUCACAUCCUCCAGUGGAUAAACUACUCUUUCUCCAGCAUCGAUCCCUGGAUGGUGUUUCAAAAGACGGUGCAAUCCUUGUGAGCUCUGAUGCCGGGAACCUUCGCUGGUGGAGCAUCCUUGCAGAACAACGGGAAUUGGGUUUUUACUAUGCCCCAGCUACAGAGGAUGUGGCUGUGACUGGAUUGUCCACCAAUCAAAUGAACAGUGUUCUUGUAUCUGGAGACACAUGUGGAUUCAUCCAGGUUUGGGACAUUUCAGAUUAUGGGCUGUCCCCUAGAACUCAGGGCUCUCUGGAAAAGCCUCCCUUACUGUGUAGCUGGAGAGCCCAUAACAGCAUUGUGGUGAGUGUUGAGCACUUCAUGUUAGGUUCAGAUUCAUUCAUCCUGAGCGGCUCCUCGGACAGAAGCGCCAGACUGUGGACCCCAGAUGGGAAAUUUGUGGGAACCUUUGGGCAGGAAAAGAGAUGGGACUUGAAAAAUCCAUCAACGUUCGCCCACCCCAAGGACCCCUGGAGUGAGCAAAAAGAAAUCAGGAAAAAACGAACGCCAACCAAGCAGCCGGCAUAUACGGAUGGGCUGCUAUUCAGCUCAGGGGAGCUUGUCAGCAAUGUGGAGGGAGAGACCGAAGAGAAGAUAAACCAGGAGAUCAAUGGGGGAAGUAUAAUGGAGGAGAGAGAGCAACCGCAGGAGUUCCAAUUACCAGGAGUGGAUGGUGCCCAUCCAUCCACAUCCCCCAGCCAGAUUUCUGCAGUGCAAAGCCACCUCACUACUCCACAAUCGUUAACCGGUACCUCAAAUCAAAGAAAACAAGAGAGCCAGAGCCUUUUCAGACACCAUCUGGAAAAUAACCUGGUGAAAAGAAUUACAGGAAGGAAAGCCCGUCGGCGUGUGUUUGGGGCGAUCAAUGCUAACAAAUUCAACCAGUUUGGGACACUCUGUUCACCUUUUCAUGCACUAGCAACCCCGGAGAUGCAGAAAUUAACUUUACCUCAAGACUUACCCAUGACCCCUCGGAUGCUGAGGCAGGGUAUAAUCUGCAGCACUGAGUCGGACUUAAGGUCUUUACCGUUAACCUUCCCAGAACUGGAUGGUGAGAAGACGGAAGAGCCCAGCCUGAGUGAGAGAGAAAAGUCAUCAGUCCACAUGAAAACCCCUUUGCUUCCCCCAUUAGUUAAACCUACCAGAGCUAGCCUCUCCCACAGUAAAAAGGCUAAAAGUUUCCGGUUUCCCUCCCAGUUCCCACAGUAGCUGUUUCUAUUAGCCUGUAAUAGAUGCUAAGUAUUGACACCUUCUGAAAGAGAAUACCUGGACUCCAUUUCUAGAGCAAUAUGUCUUUUUGCCUUUUUUUGUAUUAGACCCUGGAGCAUUCUUUUAAGCAAUCCCUUUGACACCUAAAUUC